AUGCCCCCCCCCAAGAUCGAGUCCAAGGAGAUCGAGACGUACUGGAACAUCUUCGCCGAUCGCACUGGCGGCUCCCAGUUCCUGACCGGCGAGCAGGCCGCGCCGGUGCUCAAGAACAGCGGCCUGCGCGACGACCAGCUGGAGCGCGUGUGGGACCUGGCCGACGUGGACAACGAUGGCAACCUGGACUUUGAGGAGUUUUGCGUCGCCAUGCGCCUCAUCUUUGACGUCUUGAACGGAGAAUACGCCGACGUGCCCAAGACGCUGCCAGACUGGCUGGUCCCCGAGUCCAAGGCCCAUCUGGUGCAGGCCACCCGGGCCAUCACGGGCAAGCAGCCGCAGUUUGAGCACGUCGACGACGACUCGGACGACCAGGGCCUCAGAGACGGCUUCGAUUGGUACAUGGCGCCGCAUGACAAGGCCAAGUACGAGCAAAUCUAUCAGGAGAACCGGGACAUGCGGGGCGAGGUGUCAUUCAAUGCUCUCGGGGACUUGUACGAGUCGCUCGACGUCCCCGACACCGACCUUCGCUCGGCGUGGAACCUGGUCAACCCGUCGGCCGGAUCUACAAUCAACAAGGACGCUUGCCUGGCAUUUCUUCACAUCCUCAAUAACAGACACGAGGGCGUCCGCAUCCCGCGCACGGUACCCGCAUCCCUACGGUCGAGCUUCGAGCGAAACCAGAUAGACUAUCAACUCGACAACCAACAAACGGGCGCGGGCUCGCGCUGGGCCGCCAAGGCCGACGACUCCACCCUCACAGGCCGCAAGACCAAGUUUGGCGAUCAGUACCUCACGCGACUCGGCCGGAGCGGCUUCAAGGCGACGGGCACCGAUUUCUCGACGGAGAAGACGGAGGACUGGGAGGAGGUGCGGCUGAAGCGCCAGCUGGCCGACCUGGAGGGCAAGAUUCAAAAGGUGGAAGACAUGGCCGAGCGGCGCAAAGGCGGCAAGCGGGACUCCAAGCCUGCCCUCGUCAAGAAGGAGCUCGACCAGCUGCUAGACUUUAAGCGCGGACAGCUGAGAGAGCUGGAGGAGGGCUCGGGCCGCAGCGCCGCCGGAGGGAGUCUGAAGAGCAUAUCCGACGACCUGCAGACGGUCCGCGAGCAGGUCGAGGGGCUGGAGAAUCAUCUGAAAACAAGAGGGCUGGUGCUGAGCGACCUGCAGAGGCAAAUUGACGCCGAAAAGGCAGGGUGA